UGUAUACACAAAACGACCACGCAGAGUGAUAGCGCGAUCGAUAGAGAUUACACUUUACGACAAUUUCGAUUUGUGACGUCAUGGAUGCUGGGAUGAAUAUUCAAUAUCGAGUCUGCCAUUUUGGAUCCAUAAUAGGAAAAAGCGAUUUGACCAUAUUGUAAAAUUCUUUACCCUUUUUAACGGCCUUUUCGGGUUCUUGGACCGAUCCUAACCAUGAGGGAGUGAUGAGGACCAGACUGUGGGGAAUUUGGGGGAUCGUCUUGGGCUUAAUUUUGCCCGGGAACAGCUUCAGUUACGGCUAUCCCCAAGAUUCAGUGUAUCCGUUAGGAACAGUUGGUUGUCUGUUUACGAACCAAUUAUGUGGGAUAGAAGAGGUCUGCAUAGAUGAUCUUCUAUUUGGUAACUGCCAGCGACUGGACAGGAGCCAGGACUACCAUCAAUAUCGCUUAAAUGAGGAAGCAUUGUCUGCCCUCGAGGAGCACAUCCUUCACCUAAUUACAGCAGGCUACACUUGGAGGGACCCCUAUACUCAAUGUGUCCUCCAGAAUGCCCUACUGGCCAGCAGGAGGCAGGUGCCCUUCAAGCGUUACGUGUGCAAGCUCGCCUCAAAUGAAGACAGGGUAGGUGGUGAGAUGGGAAGGUACCUCGAGCAGAUCUUCCAGGAUUACUACGACUCAUACAAGCCUUCUGCAAUUCCUCCUGAGGUGAAGCGAGAGGAUGACAUCAUUCGUGUCCAUAAAUAUUUCGAGAAGGAGCCAGGAGAGCAGAAAGGGUUUUCUGAUAAAUAUAGUUACGAUGACAAAGUGAACCUCCUUGAGGACUUAAAAUUUCUUGGUGCUGACAACAUAAGCUUAAAAGAUAUCCAGGCAUUGCAGUAUUAUUUAGAAUCCAUUCGAAAUGAUGAAGAUGGAGAGAAGGGAUUAUAUGGGGGUUAUUAUAUACCAGACUCUCAGAGGGAACAGCAAGAAUAUGGUUAUGAUGGAGGAGACUGGGUGGAUAAAAAGCACCUACAGCAAGGGACCUCCUCACAAUGGACCUCAUCAAGUCAAGAUAACCAAGCAGUUUAUCCCUUUGAUGAGGAGUAUCCCUUUAAUGCAGAGAAAGAGGAAAUUCUGAAUAAAUUGAAGUCAGGUGAGAUUUCAACCAGUGCUCUCUCUGAUGAAGAAAUCACGGAUCUGAUAAACUAUAUUAACAGACGGCUACCUCCAGAGAGCAAAAGCAAGGAAGGAACAAUCAAGUCACAUGACCUUCAAUUAAGUAACAGUGGUGAUGAUUGGCCAAACAUCAGACCUAUAGGAGACAGUUUUGUUGGAUCUGAGGAUCAGAUGGGAAAUUGGGCUGAUGGGGGAAAUGGAGGAGAUGACAAUAGUAAGGUGGAUGAAGCCACCAAGGAAGAAAAUGGAGACAAGGAAAUGGAUCAAAUGGAGGAUGCUGACAUUAAAGAAAAGAAGAAUGUGGAGACAAUGAUGGGACUAGUGACCAAAGCGGGGCUGAGUGCCACUGCCUCCACCAUGACCACCACCAUGGGAGCCACACAGAACACCAAAAAACCUAUACAAACAGAUGUCUACUGGAUACAGAUGGGAGGGAAAUUAAAUGGAGAACAAGCUGAGACAAUUUUAAAGUUGAUUAACAAAGCAUUAGAAGAGGAGCAAGCCAACAUCAAAAUCAUACAGGCUGAGAGAGAUGAAGAAAAUGGUCGUCUAACAUUGAGAAUCAACACCACUGAUCCAAAUGUCCCAUUUAAAACCACCAUUGAGAACAUAAAGGAUGAGGUGAAUAAGAAACUAGGACUGGCCAUUGAAGAUGUUGGAAUGGGAAGCCAUGAUAACCCUGUCAGUCUGCGAGUGUCUGAUGACAGAUACAUCGUACUGAGCUUCGUCCUGUGUGGAUGUAUCGCGGGAAUUCUCCUGGCUUCUGUCAUCAUAUUCCUUAUCCGGAGGAACUCCAGAUCCAAAAAGAAGUUGGCACAGCUAUCUGGAUCUACAGGAGAGGGCAAUGAACCAUCCCAGGAUUACCAGGAUCUUUGUCGGCAGAGGAUGCAAGGAAAGUCCUCAGAGAAGCCGGAACCCCUUCAUGCUGCGUCACGAAUCGGAAGUAUGUCCGGGGAGCAGGUCCGCAGUCCCUCCAGCAGGAGCAGCACUUCGUCAUGGAGUGAAGAGCCGGUUACCUCAAAUAUGGACAUCUCGACUGGACAUAUCGUAUUGUCAUACAUGGAGGAUCACCUGAAAAACAAGGACCGACUGGACAGGGAGUGGGAGGGACUCUGUAGCUACGAGGCUGACCCCUCCAGUACAAAUGUGGCCAACGACCCGGCUAACAUCCGCAAGAACCGGUAUAGCGACACUGUGCCCUAUGACCAUUCUCGAGUGGUUCUGUCCACCAGUAGUAAUGCUUCAAGUUCAGACUACAUCAAUGCCAGUACCAUUACGGAUCAUGACCCAAGAAAUCCCGCCUACAUUGCCACCCAGGGACCUCUACCUCACACAGUGGCAGACUUCUGGCAGAUGGUAUGGGAGCAGGGUAGUGUUGUUAUAGUGAUGUUGACUCGAUUGACAGAGAACGGAGAAGCUAUGUGUUACCGUUACUGGCCCGAAGAAGGAAGUGAUUUGUAUCAUAUCUAUGAAGUGCAUCUGGUGUCAGAGCAUAUAUGGUGUGAUGAUUAUUUAGUUAGAAGCUUUUACCUGAAGAACUUGCAAACAAAUGAGACUCGCACCGUCACUCAGUUCCAUUUCCAGACCUGGCCGGAUCUGGGAGUUCCCAAGUCCAUCAAAGCUCUGCUCGAUUUCAGAAGGAAAGUGAAUAAGUCCUACAGAGGGAGAUCCUGUCCCAUUGUUGUUCACUGCAGUGAUGGCUGUGGAAGAACAGGAACAUACACCCUUAUUGACAUGGUUCUGAACCGCAUGGCUAAAGGAGCAAAGGAGAUAGACAUUGCAGCCACGCUAGAACACAUCCGAGACCAGAGAAAAAACAUGGUUAAAACUAAGGAACAGUUCCAGUUUGCCCUAGCAGCAGUUGCCGAGGAAGUUCACGCCAUACUGAAGGCUCUACCACAGUAAUGUCCCCUUAAAUCACCAGAUGGGGCUCUAGUCACUCAGCUCAUCUCCAUGGAAACAGUCAUCUAAGUGUCCCUGUUAAUGUAAACUGUUAUAGUUAGUCUCAUGUUCAUCACCCAGAAAUAUCAAUGAUGUCAAAAGUAAAUAUAUAUAUACAUAAAAAUAUAUCUUUACAUAUAUACAGUACCCCCCUGUGUGAAAUACAUGUCAAUACACAUUAUAUUUUUUUGUUGUGUACUCAACUUGCUGUAAACAAUCACAUUUUGAUGAGAAUUUAUGCAGAUGGAGACAAACCUUAGAUAUACAAGAAGCAUAUUUACCAUAUGGUUUGAGAGAUGUAUUUCUGAAAGAAAAAGGCAUUUUUGUUUUAUUAAAAGUUCUUUUGUUAUUCUGUGAUUAAAUUUGCAGUUUUGAAAUGUCUUAGUAAUAUUGAUUUGCAAAACCAAUUUCAAUACGAUAAUUUUGUUAAGCUUAAAUUGUUGUAAUAUAAUUUUGUAAAGCAUAUUUUCCUAGUGUAGCCCAGUUCAAUUUAUUACCUGUUUCAGGACUUUUACUUAAUUAAAAAAAC